GAUAAAGCCGCUUAUCAAGCAGCGCGGGGCAACCAGCAACUAAAAUUUCCUGGGAGGCAGAAAGUUGCCCCGCUGGCUCAGACGAGCAUUGCAUUCUGCCAUCAAGCUGCCCGUCUUCCCGCUUCUUCCGAGAUUAUCAACAGCUCAACGGCUCGACGUCCUUUUCUUCUUCGUUGGAACUCUCUAUACCCUCGAACCGAACACCAUAAGCAAGGGAGAGCAGGCAGAGAACAGAAGCACCAUCAUGGACAUCGAUACCGACAUGGGCAUGGUGUCCAUGCAACAAAUGGGCACUGCCCGAACAGGCGCAACAAUCCUUUGCUGUAACUGCGGCGCUCCCAUUGACGGCACAGCGUCUGCAGGUGCUCUGUGCUACGAUUGCAUCAAAUCCACCGUCGACAUCUCACAAGGCAUACAACGCGAGGCCACGCUACACGUCUGCCGAGAUUGCGACCGAUGGCUGAUGCCCCCUAACAGCUGGGUAGCGGCCGCCCCAGAAUCCAGAGAGUUGCUAUCAAUUUGCCUUAAACGGUUACGGAACCUGGGCAAGGUCCGCAUUGUCGACGCCCGCUUCGUCUGGACAGAACCUCACUCGCGCCGCAUCAAAGUCAAGAUUACGGUCCAAGAUGCGGUUGCCGAUGGGGUCAUGAUGCAGCAAAGCUUCGAGGUGGUCUACAUUGUGGCAAACCAACAGUGCCGCGAGUGCGCAAAGUCGUACACGGCAAACGUGUGGCGCGCCGCCGUGCAGGUCCGCCAGAAGGUGUCCCACAAGAGGACGUUUCUCCUGUUGGAACAGUUGAUCCUCAAGCACCAGGCGCACAAGGACACAAUAAACAUUAAAGAGGAGAAGGACGGUAUCGACUUCUACUUCGCCCAACGGAACCAGGCGGAAGCCUUCGUUCAUUUCCUCAAAUCGGUGGUUCCAGUUCACAUUAAGGAAUCGAGGCAUCUCAUCUCAGCCGACACUCAUACCGGCAACAAAUCCUACAAGUUCAACUUCUCGGCCGAGCUCGUCCCGGUCUGCAGAGACGACCUCGUGGCGUUGCCUUUGAAACUCGCGAAGUCGCUCGGCAAUAUCGCCCCGCUUGUGCUGUGCUACAGGAUAGGCACAUCUGUCAAUCUUCUCGACCCGAACACACUUCAGACCGCCGAACUCAGUUCCGAUGCCUACUGGCGCGCACCUUUUCAGCCGCUCGCUGGUGCCACUGAAAUGGUUGAGUUCAUCGUCAUGGACAUUGAGCCGACAGGCCAGCGCAAGGGCAAGUGGGUGCUGGGUGAGGCUACAGUAGCCCGCGCCUCGGACCUCGGCGUCAACGACAACACCUACUUUGCCCGGACACACCUCGGUAGCUUGCUUAAGCCAGGUGACUCGGUCAUGGGGUACAUGCUCACUGGAACCAACUUUAACUCGGAGGCGCUUGACGCCAUUGAGAACUCACGCGCGUACGGGUCGACGAUCCCGGACGUGGUGCUCGUCAAGAAGCACUACCCCAACCGCCGCAAGAACAGGCGCCGCAACUGGAAGCUCAAGCGCAUGGCCAAGGACGAGGGCGAUCUGCUGCCCAAGGCGGCCGACCAGGCCCGUCUUGAGGCUGAGUACGAGCAGUUCCUGCGCGACGUCGAGGAGGACGAGGAACUGCGUCAGGCGCUGGCGCUGUACAAGAAUACCAAGAAGAAGAAGAAGCAGGAUGCUGACGCUAUGAGCAUCGCCGAGACUGAGAUGACGAUGGAUGAUGACGACGACGGGCCUAAGAUCAGCAUGGACGAGCUGCUGGAUGACUUUGAUGAGCUGGAGAUCAAUGACGAGGGGCACGCCUGAGCGACUGUCUGAGGGUGUCUGAAAUAAAUUGUUUUUCGGAUUUGAUACCAGCAACUCGUCGAACGGGUCUCGCAUAGCAUUUGCCAAUUCGAGUAACUGCUCUCAUAACCACAGCAACGGGCCUUGGGACGGCAUUUUCUUUCCCUUCCUCACCUAGCUCGGACUGGCACGAGUAG